AUGGCUGCCCAACUGACUGACGCAGGGAAUGCAAGCGGUGUGAAGGAGUUCAUUCUCAUCGGCCUCUCUGAGAGUCAAGGUGUGCAGGAGGUGUACUUUGUGAUGUUUCUUUGCUUCUAUACAAUUAACGUGGCAGGAAAUCUGCUCAUUAUUGUCACUGUGAUUAGCAGCCAACAUCUGAACUCCCCCAUGUACUUCUUCCUCUGCCACUUGUCCUUUUUAGACAUCUGUUACUCUUCUGUCACAGCUCCCAAAAUGAUUGCUGAUUUCCUUGUCAAAAACAAAACCAUCUCCUUUGUGGGCUGCAUAGCACAGCUCUUUUGGGUCCAUUUCUUUGGCUGCACGGAGAUCUUCAUCCUCACAGUGAUGGCCUAUGAUCGCUACACGGCCAUCUGCAGACCUCUGCACUACACCACGCUCAUGACCAGGCGCGCGUGCAGCUGCAUGGUGGUGGGCUCAUGGCUGGGAGGCUGUGUGCACUCUGCCGUGCAGACUUUUCUCACCGCUCGGCUCCCCUUUUGUGGCCCUAACAAAGUUGACCACUACUUCUGCGAUGUCCACCCCCUGUUACGGCUGGCCUGCACUGACACCUACACUGUCAGCGUCAGCGUCAUCGCCAACAGUGGGAUGAUAACUCUGAGCUCUUUCUUCAUCCUGGUUGCGUCUUACACGGUGAUCUUGAUCUCCUUGAGAAGUCAAACAUCUGAAGGAUGGCGCAAGGCACUCUCCACCUGUGGCUCCCACAUCACUGUGGUGGUUCUGUUCUUCGGGCCAUGCACAUUCACCUACAUACGCCCAUCCAGUGAUCUCUCAGAGGACAAGAUCGUGGCGCUGUUUUACACCAUCAUUACCCCCAUGUUGAACCCCCUCAUCUAUACACUGAGGAAUAAAGAAGUAAAGAGUGCCAUGAGAAAACUGUGGGGUAGAAGAGUAGAAAGUGAAGAGGGAAAGGCAUAG